UUCCGGCGUGAAAUACAAAUCGUGCAGCGCCGCAGUUGUCAUGAACUCCAGCGUGCCCGACCAGUGAGCCAGAAUGCUGAAGGAGGGGAAGCCCGGCAUGAUCGAGCGGGCGCUGCGGAUGCGGAGGGAGGAGCAGGCUCGGCAGGUGGUGCUGGCCUGGGCGGUGCUCAACAUGUCCCUGGCCGGCAUGAUCUACACCGAGAUGUCAGGGAAGCUGCUGAGCAGAUACUACAAUAUCACCUACUGGCCCAUCUGGUACAUCGAACUGGUGCUCGCCUCUCUUUUUAGCCUAAAUGCUCUUUUUGACUUCUGGAAGUAUUUUAAAUACACGAUGGCUCCGUGCACCAUCGCUGUAACUCCUGAGCAGCAUCGCCUUCUGGGUUUGAGCAACACAAGUAUCCAGGCCUCUCCACCUCAAAAGCCAGAAAAGAAGGAAACCCCGGUCCCGGACCAGUCGUCUCCCGUGCAGGGCCAGAGUGUGCUGAGCUUCAGCCCCUCCCGGCCACCUUCAAGCAGCCCCAAGUUCUCCCCCGGCUGCGUACCCGGGUACAGCCCUCCUCUCAGCAACCCGUCCACCCCAAGCAGCCCAGGAAGCCCUUUUUCUCCCUCAAUGGCUUUUGGAAAGGUGCUGAACUACAGUCCUUCCUCUGCCUCUUCUCCUUACUCGAACAGCAUUGGAUCAGCAGAAGGCUCCACCUUGAGGGCUCGGUAUCGUACUUCGCCCUCCGUGUUUAACUCCCCUGGAAGCAAAGAGGACUACAUGCAGGAUCUGAAAAGUCUGGAGAGGUUUCUGCGCACAGAGGAGGAGAAGAGCCACCGCAGCCAGCUAGGAAGCCCAGAGUCAGCUUCUCCGAGUCACAGUCCAACGUUUUGGAAUUACAAUCGUACAGUGGGAGAUUACGCUCAGAGCUUGAGGAAGUUUCUGUAUCAGCCUGCGUGCCGCUCUCAGGCGCCGUCGGCCCACAAGGAUGAGACGGACCUGGGCUCCAAACAGGCUGCAGAGGAGGUGUGGGCCAGAAUCACAACCACCCGUGCCAUGGUGGACCACAUCGAUAGCUGGACGGCCAAACUAAGAAAUUGGAUCAGUGAUACCAUCUUGGUCCCUCUGGUCAAAGAAAUAGACUCUGUCAACAGCCAGCUGAGGAGGAUGGGCUGCCCAGAGCUCCAGAUAGGAGAGGCCAGCAUCAGCAGUUUGAAGCAGGCAGCAGUGAUGAAAGCCUCAUCUAUCCCCACUAUGAACUCUAUCGUCCAAUACUUGGACAUCACUCCCAACCAGGAAUACCUAGUGGAUCGGAUUAAGGAGCUGGCUCACAGUGGCUGCAUGAGCUCCUUUCGCUGGAAUGGUGGCGGCGAUCUGAAGAACAGGAAGUGGGAUACAGACGUCCCUACUGACUGUGCUGUCCUCAUGCAUCUCUUUUGCACAUACUUGGACUCCAGGCUGCCUCCACACCCCAGGUAUCCAGAUGGGAAGACUUUCACUUCCCAGCACUUCAGCCACACUCCUGACAAACCUGAUAUUACCAAGGAGAACCUCUUCUGCAUUCACCAGUCCAGCACCAGUCCUCCGCACUACCAGCUCAUACACCAAGGACACAUCUACAGUCUGCCCAAGGGCAGGAACAACCUUUUCCACACCAUCCUGAUGUUUCUCUACGUUAUUAAGACCAAAGAGUCGGGAAUGCUGGGGAGGGUAAACCUGGGCCUCUCUGGUGUGAACAUCCUGUGGAUAUUUGAAGAGUGAUCUUUUUUUUUUUUUUUUAAGCUACAAACAACCAUUGAGGGUCUUUUCUUUUUCCUCCACUGCAGUGUUUUAAGGUUAAGCUUGAGGACGACAUUUUCAAGGACACACCUAAAAGCACUUGACUUUGAAAUUAAAACACAUGCAAGUUUUUGGACAUUUUCUCAAGUCUACUUGACAGAUUGGUAAUACAUUUUCAUCGAGAUUUUAAGACAUUCUGUUAAACCAGAGUCCUUAUGAUGCAACCAAGAACUGUAUGUGCUUUCUGUUUUUUGUAUUUUGAGAAUGUACCAGCAUGGCAGCCUUGUUACUUAUAUACCUCGCAGUUUUCUGCUUGGAGGGCAAAGGGCCGAGACCCUUUAGCCUGACUAUUAAUUAUAGGGUAUCCGCAGACUUGACCUUUUGCCGCUCGUUUGCUGUUCUUUUGUAAAAAUGAAUGUCUUCAACAGUAGGGAUAAUCCUGGCCGGUGCUUGAAUCAGAACAAUGAUUAUUUAAAGCUGCAGAAAUACUUCAACAAGCAGUUGAAGUUUUUUACAUUGGCUAUUUUUUACAUGUUGCAAGGCUAUACAACUGCAGCUAAUUAUGUCUUUUUGUAAAUAUGUUUUCUUUUAAAUACGGUAUAUAUAUGUACAAAAAGCAUUGAAUUUGUCAUUUUUCCCUGCAAUUUAGUACUAUUUAGACACUAUUGAUUUGCUUGUUUGAA